AUGACUGCUACACCUAAGACUGCAGAAGCUACAACAGCAGCACCUACAACUGGUGCGCCUACAACUGCAUCUCCUAUGACUGCUGGACCUACAACUGAUGCCCCUACAACUGCAGCAUCUACAACGGCUGCACCUACAACUGUUGCCCUGACAACUGCUUCCCCAACAACUGCUGCUGCUACAACCGCUGCAGCUCCUACUGACGCCCCAACAACUGCUGCACCUACAACUGCUGCCCCUACAACAAUAGCACCCACAACUGCUGUACCUACGACUGUUGCCCCAACAACUGCAGCACCUACAACUGCUGAGCCUACAACUGCUGAGCCUACAACUGCUGCACCUACAACUACUGCUGCUACAACCGUUCUAGCUACUACUGACGCCCCAACAACUGCUGCACCUACAACUGCUGUAACAUACAACUGUUGCCCUGACAAAAGCAGCACCUACAACUGCAGAGGCUACAACUGCUGUGGCUACAACCGCUGCUGCUACUACUGUUGCUCCUACAACUGCUGCUCCAACAACUGCUGCACCUACAACUGCUGUGCCUACAACUGCAUCGCAUACAACUGCUGCACCCACGACUGCUGCAAUUACCACUGCAUCGCGUACAACUGCUGCAACUACCAAUGCUGCUCCAACAACUGCAGCGCCUACCACUGCUUCUCCUACAACUGCAGCACCUACAACUGCUGUGGCUACAACUACAGCACCUACAACUGA